GCCUUAUAUUUUCUUUCAACAAUUUCAUCUGAAGCGUCGAAAUGCUAUCACUAUAGGAGAGAGAAGCACCAAUCUGAAUGACACCUACUUCAUUUAAUAGAAUAUGUAAACAUCUAGAGGGCCCUUUCGGAUUACGCGUUUUAUUAUAGGUUCUAGUAGCAAGAUGAAAACACUAGAAACUAAUGGCAAUUUGACGUUUUGACAAUCAGUUGCGUUAUCAGUUGCGCCGUGACUGCAAGUAGUAACAAAUACUAUUUAUUUAUUUAUUUAUUUAUUUAUUUAUUUAUUCAUUUAUUUAUUUAUUUAUUUUAUUCUUUAAAUGGCAUUUAUCCCACCCGGCUCUUGCGCCUACGGCCGACACAUUGUCGAAGUGGUAUCGCUGCUGCUAAGCAUGCAUAAAUGGCUUAAUGAGUAGAGGGAAAGUGCAGAACACAGAGCACCAUACUAUGAUUUGCGACACUGUGCAGGGUAUCUUGAAUUGCCCUUUCUGUUGGUAACACAAGCAGAAAUUACACCCCUUGUUUUAUAGUGUUGGUAGACUAUUUGAAGUUACCCACGCAACAUGCAAACUCGAUUACUUCUCGAUUCAUGGCUAAAAGCAAGUCGGCGCAGUAACUCGCGCAUUUGGCUAUACACAACAAAACCUAUCCUGAGGCCACGCUACCAGCUCAAACUUCCUAAACUUUAAUAAAGCUACAGGUUCAAUCACCCACCUAAGGUUGUUUAUUAAGGAAAAAAAAAAGGGAAGAGGGAGGGAGGGAACGAAAAUAUCUAUGCACUACCAAGCCAAGUCCACGAAUCAGGAAGGAAGGCCAAUAGACACACACAAAAAUAUAUUUCUUUGACAAGGAAGAUGCAAGCAGAAAACAGUGCCUAUAGCAUCCACUUCAUGCUGCCGAGGUACACCACCAUCUCGCAAGACACACUCUGCACUCCCGCUACAAAGGCUGCAUGUAAAAGAAGGAAACGGAGUCUAACACGGCCACGUUACGGCUCGGAGUGGUUGUUAAAACAUAUCACUAUUCCAGUGAUACCCCGUGAUUUCGCUUAUCACCCUCUCCUAUAUCUACUUUUCACUCAGCCGCUUUCCCCUAACACCGCGUGAGCCCAUGAGUCACGCGGAUGAGUCACGCCGAUCAGUGAAUCACCUGGUAAGCUAGUGGUUAACAGUGAAUAGCGCUCUACUAUUGUAGCUGAUAAUCUCGUUUCCCCUCGUGCUGGGAGACGAGGGUAUAAAAAUAAGGGGACAUCGAGAGCCUCCACGGAGUCGCACGCAGGUCAUCCACGGGUCGUCCUACACCAGCCGACUUCCACCAUUAAAGUGCCCAUAGGAAGCUGACUUCAUCGAAGGAUUUGUCAACACCAAAACAGGUAAGUGUUUGAUAUUCGUUCACUCUUUGUCAGUAGUGGCCAAUCUCAUGUUUGUAAAAAGCUUGAAAGUCUCAAUUCUCACGUAACUUAAGAAUGUGAAGUUACGAAACGUUUGUUAACUUUCCCGGUUGAAGCAUCACCGCGUAAAAAAACGCAGCCCAGACCUGUGCGACCUUGCUGAAUAACAGUUGAAUUUACAUCAAUGAUGUUUACGUUGAGCUGACGUGUUAGUAUUUUUUUAUUGUCUGCAAUUAGGUCACACAUAUUAAACUUUUGUACCGCUUUAGGGGUCCUACAUACGGAUAAUUUCUUCACAAUAUAAACUAAAUAUUGCACUUCGUUCUCCCAGGACGCUGAGAAAGCCUGCGCAUCACGCUUGUAUGACUGUCCGUGUAUUGAUGUCAGUCGCUUAACCCGUGCUUUAUAAGUUGGAAAAAAAUUAAAAAAAGAACAUAGAGAGUGUGUUUGAAACGUUACCGCCAUUUGUCGCCGCAGGCGAUGGCGCCGCAAGACUGGAUCCUAUGGUCGUACGCGAGAUACUUGAAGGAGCUGUGUCCCAGGAACUUCAACUCUGCCAAAGAGGCGUACGCGAGGCUACAGCAGAUUAAGAUGAUCCUGGCCAACAAGGGGGCUGACUUCAUGGUGCCAUGCGGCAAAGAGAACGGGCAGGGCUGCGAGGUGCUGAGACAUCUGAGCGGGUGGAACGACAUACUAGCUGCGAUUCAAGUACAGAUGAAAGAAAGGGUCGCCACCGGAGAGCUAGAACUUUCCUUUCCUAUAAAGAGUUUCGACCACCAGGAAACGAAGAAGCGGAUUCAACGCGCGGUAGUACUUCUGCACUGGCUAUUCGUUAAGCACGCCUGCGUGACGAAGAUCGAAUUGGACUGCUUGGGUCAGUUCGAUGACGUAGAGUGGUUCGCCCUUUUUUGCGACGGCAUCAGCGAGUGCCGGCGCCUGAAGACCUUGAAGAUGAACGCAGACAUCGGCAAAGCCGUCUGCUACCAACAGAUGCUGACUGCGUGCGGUUGCCUGCGGCACAUCGAGGAGCUGAGUUUUGAGCGCAUCUGCGCCGACAACCAAGCAGAAAACGUAGUCACCCUGGAGGCCGUGAUUAUGAGGAACACCAAGCUCAGGCGCUUUGAAGUCGGAGAGUUCGCCGCCAUGCCCCAAGGCCUGUCACCAAUUUUACGAGCGCUGGCACUUAGUCCUAAUAUAAGCCGUCUCUCGCUUGACGUCACACUCGUGAAAGCGGAGGACGCGAGCCUCUUCUUGCAGAUGUUGAACGGUAACAACGUGCUUAAGUCGUUGCGCCUAGAGGGUUCCGCCUCGCAGAAAUACCUGACCGUGAACAGCAUCGCAUCAGCGCUGGCGAACGCAAGGGCACUGGUAGAGUUGGAGCUGGUUGGCUUUCGUAUGCACACACACGAUGCGUGGGUUCUGGCAAUGUCAUUGGUCCGUAGCCAGACUGUGCAGCAUCUCGACCUCCUCUACUGCAUGCCAGUUUUUUCGUUUCCCACCAGCGAGUCGUGUGCAAAAACUAACGGCUCGCGGAGACGCAUCUCUAGCCGUAUUGAGCCUUACGUUCACAUUCUGCAAAAACUGCACUCGUUACGGACGCUUUCGCUCGACCUGCUUCGUUUCGCCCAAGAAGACCAGCGGGCAUUCUUCGAGGGGCUCGCUGCACAGCACUUCCUCCCCCACGUGUUCGUGACUCCACCAUAUAGAAGAUACCCCAGCGAGCUAGCCCGCAUUGCCCACGAAGCAGGCACGGCCAGCCGGGUCCACACGAGCGUCGUUAUGACGGAUGAGGCAAACUUUGUUGACAUACCCAGGGGGUCUCCUGUCCACGAGGUCAUACUCGAAGCCUGCGCCGGCACUCAGAUCGACGAGAAACCAGCGGUCAUCAGAUGCUGCGCUGACCUGAGAACGCACGAUCACGUGACGAAGUUGACUUUGGCAGUAACAGGAAGCAUUGAUCUCAGCUCAGCUGAACCUCUGGCGAUUUACCUGAAAACCACAAAGUCUCUCAAGGCAGUCACGCUGAGCUUCCGUGCGUGCAAGGGAUCAACUAUGCUUCUGCUAGAUGGCAUCGCACGAAACACUAGCAUCACGAGCCUAGGUGUGGAGAACUGGUGCCUGAGCAGACGCAGCGCGGUAUUGCUCGCGGACGUUGUCAGUUCUAGCAAGACGAUCCACACUCUCACCUACAAUCGGGAUAGCGCGGUUCCCGCAAAGGCGUUCUUUUCGCGUCUCUGCAAGUCGAUUGACAGCAACUUCACCAUCGUGUCGGUGGACACUUUCGAGCGCCGCAUUGACGCCAAGAACUGGGCGCUCAUCCAGAAAGCAGCGACGCGCAACGCCACCCUCCUGGAGCGGGCAGCGCGACUUGUUGCUGGCCUCUGCUCUGACAAGGCUGACGCCGAAGCUCUCGAGUUGGUGGCUUCAAGUCCCCUGCUGCUGCCGCGAGUGCAGGAACUGAUGUCCGUAUGCGAGUUGCAAGCCUCCAGGAUGAUGCGAGAGACAGUCAUCAAUCUGAAGGAGCUGGACGGCUUCAUGAGCAUCGCCGGCGUCGUCAGGGAGAGCGUCGUCUGCGAGGAGAACAGCGACGGUCGUCCCCGCCUGGACACAAUACCUCUGGACUGCUGGCUGGCCAUUCGCCGGUACCUGAGCGUCGCGGAUGUGGUGUACACCGGGCUUGAAAGGCGCUAGAAACUCUUGUUUUGCGUUUUAGAUAGUACGAAACAGAGGAGACGCAGUGUUGAGCGAAAAGUGAUUUUUCUCGUGAAAAGAAACUAAACGCACCAGGUUGUAUUGGUGUUGAUUUUUUUUUUUUUUCUAAAGGUGAAAAUACACCACAACUCUACUGCCUGAGGCAGGUUUCCCGAGGAAGUGAACAUUAUUCGCACGAGAAAUUAUAGGAAACGUGCAGCUAAUUUAGCAACGCUCUUGUUUUAUUCUGUAAUAAAACUGAAGAAUUUGUGAAUAAA